CCGCGGAUAGAGAAUCGCAGCAGAGGAAGCUCCAGGAGAGGCGGGCGGAGGAUGGAAACCCAUGCCCGCCGCUGCCCCCUUUUUCACGGUCAACUUUAUCCGAGCGCGACAGCGGCAGAGAUGCGGCCGGCGCGUGGAGCGCUGUGAGCGGCGACACGAAGAGGAGGAGGCGGCCUUUCUUCUACUGGUCGGAUGGCCCCGCAGUGACGGCCAUGGCGCUGACGACCCCCCCGGUGAAGCUGAAGUGGCUGGAGCACCUGAACAGCUCCUGGAUCUCGGAGGACAGCGAGUCGGUCGCCACACGCGAUGGCGUGUCUGCGCUGUACGCCAAGCUGCUGGCCAACAAGGAGGCGGUGCCGCUGCCGCAGCAGGCGCUGUGCCUGAAGGGCCCCCAGCUGCCCGACUUCGAGCGUGAGUCGCCGUCCAGCGAUGAGCAGGAGCACUACCUGGACGCCCUGCUGGGCAGCCAGCUGGCGCUCGCAAAGACGGUGUGCUCCGACUCGCCGUUUGCCGCCGCGCUGCGCCGCCGCGUGCUGGUGCUGCAGCGCGUCUUCUACGCGCUCUCCAACAAGUACCACGAUAAGGGCCGCGCCAAGCCGCAGCCGCACUCGCCCGAGAGCUGUCCGGGCGCCGCCGACCCGCACGCCGUCAGCGAGCGGCCGCGCUCCAGUACCGACGCGCUCAUCGAGAUGGGCGUGCGCACAGGCCUCAGCUUGCUGUUCGCCCUGCUGCGCCAGGGCUGGAUGAGGCCCCCCCCCGGCGACGGCGGCGCAGGCGGCGACGUCAACCUGUGCAACGACGUCAUCCACACCGCCAUCGACGUGGUGGGCUCGCUGCCGCCGCUGUCGCUGGCCAACGAGAGCAAGAUCCCCGCCAUGGGGCUGGACUGCCUGGCGCAGGUCACCGCCUUCCUGAAGGGCGUCACCAUGCCCAGCUCGGGCGCCGACGUGCUGGGCCGCCGCCUGGCGUCCGAGCUGCUGCUGGGCCUGGCGUCGCAGCGGGGCUCGCUGCGCUACCUGCUGGAGUGGGUGGAGAUGGCGCUGGCGGCCUCGGCGGCGGUGAGCGCCAUGGAGCGGCGCAAAGCCGCGCAGAACCAGGAGGGGAUGAUCGGCUACGACUGCUUCAUGAACAUCCUCAUGCAGAUGAGACGCUCUCUGGGUUCCUCGGCGGAUCGCAGUCAGUGGCGGGAACCGACCCGGACCCCCGACGGACUCUGCUCCCUGUACGAGGCGGCGCUCUGCCUCUUCGAAGAGGUGUGCCGCAUGGCGUCCGACUACUCGCGCACCUGCGUCAGCCCGGACAGCAUUCAGACCGGCGAGGCGCCGGUGGUGUCGGAGACCUGCGAGGUCUACGUCUGGGGCAGCAACAGCAGCCACCAGCUGGUGGAGGGAACGCAGGAGAAGAUCCUGCAGCCCAAGCUGGCGGCCAGCUUCGCCGACGCCCAGACGAUCGAGGCCGGCCAGUACUGCACCUUCGUCAUUUCGUCGGACGGCUCGGUGCGGGCGUGCGGGAAGGGCAGCUACGGCCGGCUGGGCCUCGGCGACUCCAACAACCAGUCCACGCUGAAGAAGCUGACCUUUGAACCCCACCGCGCCAUCAAGAAGGUGUCGUCGUCCAAGGGGUCAGACGGCCACACGCUGGCCUUCACCACCGAGGGCGAGGUGUUCAGCUGGGGCGACGGCGACUACGGCAAGCUGGGCCACGGCAACAGCUCCACCCAGAAGUACCCCAAACUGAUCCAGGGCCCGCUGCAGGGCAAGGUGGUGGUGUGUGUGUCUGCUGGAUACAGACACAGCGCCGCCGUCAGUGAGGACGGCGAGCUCUACACCUGGGGAGAGGGAGACUUCGGACGAUUAGGUCACGGAGACAGCAACAGCCGGAACAUCCCCACCCUGGUGAAAGACGUCAGCAACGUGGGCGAGGUGUCCUGCGGCAGCUCGCACACCAUCGCAUUGUCCAAGGACGGACGCACCGUGUGGUCGUUCGGCGGCGGAGACAACGGGAAGCUGGGCCACGGCGACACCAACCGCGUCUACAAGCCCAAGGUGGUGGAGGCGCUGCAGGGCAUGUUCAUCCGGAAGGUGUGCGCCGGCAGCCAGUCGUCGCUGGCGCUCACCUCCACCGGCCAGGUGUUCGCCUGGGGCUGCGGUGCCUGCCUGGGCUGCGGCUCCUCCGAGGCCACGGCGCUGCGGCCCAAGCUGCUGGAGGAGCUGGCCACCACCCGCGUGGUGGACGUGUCCAUCGGGGACAGCCACUGCCUGGCCCUGUCCCACGAUAACGAGGUGUACGCCUGGGGCAAUAACUCCAUGGGGCAGUGCGGUCAGGGCAACUCCACCGGCCCCAUCACCAAGCCCAAGAAGGUGGUGGGUCUGGACGGCGUGGCCAUCCAGCAGAUCUCCGCCGGCACGUCGCACAGCCUGGCCUGGACGGCGCUGCCCAGAGACAGGCAGGUGGUGGCGUGGCACCGGCCCUACUGCGUGGACCUGGAGGAGAGCACCUUCUCCCACCUGCGCUCCUUCCUGGAGCGCUACUGCGACGGCAUCAACAGCGACGUCCCGCCGCUGCCGUUCCCUUCGUCCAGGGAGCACCAUAACUUCCUGAAGCUGUGCCUGCGGCUGCUGUCCAAUCACCUGGCCCUGGCGCUGGCGGGGGGCGUGGCCACCAGCAUCCUGGGCCGCCAGGCCCGCCCCCUGAGGAACCUGCUGUUCAGGCUGAUGGACGCCUCGGUGCCCGACGAGAUCCAGGAGGCUGUGAUCGAGACCCUGUCGGUGGGGGCCACCAUGCUGCUGCCCCCACUGAGGGAGAGGAUGGAGCUGCUGCACUCACUGCUGCCUCAAGGCCCCGACCGCUGGGAGAGCCUCUCCAAAGGACAGAGGAUGCAGCUGGACAUCAUCCUCACCAGUCUCCAGGACCACACCCACGUGGCGUCUCUGCUGGGCUACAGCUCCCCGGCCGACGGCCCCGAGGCGCCGUCCUCCGGCCCCGCCUUCUCCGCCGCCCUGGACCCCGCCUACGGCGCCGAGGCGGCAGCGGCGGCGGCGGCCCACCCCGACACACACCUGGCUGAGAUCCUGAUGAAGACGCUGCUCCGGAACCUGGGCUUCUACACGGACCAGGCCUUUGGGGAGCUGGAGAAGAACAGUGAUAAGCUGCAGCAGAGCUCGUCUCCUUCAGACAGCAGCCAGCCGGCUCACCUGCACCAGCUGCUGUGUUCCCUGCAGAAGCAGCUGCUGGCCUACUGCCACACCAACGCCGUGACCGAGGACUCCAGCAGCGUCUCGCUGCUGCACAAACACCUGCAGCUGCUGCUGCCGCACGCCGCCGACAUCUUCUCGCGCUCGGCGGCGCUGCUGAGGGAGAGCUCCGGGAACGGCGGCAUCCGGGAGAAGCUGCAAGACGUGGUGUACGUGUCGGCGGCCGGCAGCAUGCUGUGCCAGAUCGUCACGGCGCUGCUGCUGCUGCCGGUCUGGGUGGCGCGGCCGCUGCUGCGCCCCCUGCUGGACCUGCUGCCGCCGCUGGACCGGCUGAACCGGCUGCUGCCGGCCGCCGCGCCGCUGGAGGACCAGGAGCUGCAGUGGCCGCUGCACGGCGCCCCCGACCCGGCCGAGCCGGCGCCGCCGCCGCCGCCGGCGCUGGCCUGGGUGUGGCUGGUGGACCUGGAGCGGACGGCCGCCCUGCUGGUGGGCCGCUGCCUGGGGGGCAUGCUGCAGGGCGCCCCCGCCUCCCUGGAGGAGCAGUGCACCGCCUACUGGCUGAAGACGCCGCUGUUCAGCAACGGCCUGGAGAUGGACGUCCCUCAGCUGGACGCCUGCAUCAGCUCGCUGCUGGAGGCGGCGCUGUCUGGGGACGAGGAGCAGAGGCCGCUGGACGUCCCGCUGCGGGCCGACCUGAGCGUCCUGGUGGACCUGUCCCUGGGCUCGUCCAAAGAGCCGGCCAACAGCCUGUGGAUCAACAUGCAGGACUACGCCCUGAGUAAAGACUGGGACAACGCGGCGCUCAGCAACGAGUCCCUGCUGGACACCGUGUCCAGGUUCGUGCUGGCGGCUCUGCUGAAGCACACGGGGCUGCUGGGACAGGCCUGCGGAGAGGGCAGGUACCAGCCGUCCAAGACUCUGUCUGAAGUUUACCGCAGUGUUUACAAAGUGCGGAACCGGCUGAUGGCCUGCAAGAACCUGGACUUCAUCCAGACCCGGUCCUCGUCCCGGGAGAGGAGGAUCUCAGACAACCAGGACUCGCUGGACAUGGACCCCCAGGAGCACUCCUUCACCCGCACCAUCGACGAGGAGGCGGAGCUUGAGGAGCGAGCCGACCGCGAGCGGGAGGAGGGCCGCCAGGAGCAGGAGGACGAGGAGGAGGAGGAGAACCGGGAGCACCAAGUCAUAACGGCAGGAAAGAUCUUCCAGUGCUUCCUGUCGGCGAGGGAAGUGGCCCGCAGUCGGGAACGGGACCGAGCCAGCAGCAGCACCGCGCUGGGCUCCGGGUCCGGGUCCAGGGGUGGGGGAGGGGGAGGCAGCGAGGACGACCCCGCCCUGUCCCAGGAGGGCCGGCGGGGCAGCGGGGGCCUCCCGGAGGGCCAGGACCUGUACACGGCGGCCUGCAACUCUGUGAUCCACCGCUGCGCCCUGCUGCUGCUGGGAGUCAGCCCCGUGCUGGGGGAGCCGGGGGGGCCGGCCCAGCCCGCCGCCGGGACCGGGGACGGCCUGGGCUUCAUGACCAGGAGUGAGAGUCUGAGCGCAGAGAGCCGCUCGGUUCAGAACAGUCCGAGUUACAGACUGAUGAAGUCGAGGAGCGAAUCCGACCUGAGCCAGCCGGAGUCUGACGAGGAGGGAGGCAGUCUGAGCGGACGCAGGAACGUGGAUCUGGAUUUGGCCUUUUCACAAAAGAAGCGAGGACUCCUCCACAGCUCCCCGGACUCGGUGGCCGAGUCUUGGCUGCGGGCCAAGCUGAGCCGGCAGCGCAGCGCUGGCUCCGCCCCCUCGUUCGAGGACUGGGCGGUGGAGCGGGGCGGCUCGCCCGGCGCGCUCGCCCUCGUCGACAACGCCGCCAGCUUCGUCAGCGGAGACGUGGGGCUGGCGCCCGGCUUCCGGGAGCCAGAGGACGGCAUGUCCACCAGUCCGCAGGCCGUGGUGCUGGCCAUGGAGCGGCAGCAGAGCCGCGCCGAGCUGCGGCUGGAGGCGCUCCACCAGGUGGUGGCGCUGAUCUCGGGGAUGGAGGAGAAGGGCGGCCAGCCGGGCGGAGCCUUCCAGUCCUCCUCGCUGCUCACCUCCGUCCGGCUGCAGUUCCUCGCCGGCUGCUUCGGACUCGGAACCGUCGGAACCGGAGGCCUGAAGAGGGAGAGCGUGCAGCUGCACCACUACCAGGACGGGGUCCGGGCGGCCCGGCGGAGCCUGCAGAUGGAGAUCCAGACGGCGGUCCAUCAGAUCUACCAGCAGCUGUCCGUCACGCUGGAGCGAGCGCUGCAGGCCAACAAGCACCACAUCGAGGCCCAGCAGCGCCUCCUGCUGGUCACCGUCUUCGCGCUGAGCGUGCGCUACCAGCCGGUGGACGUGUCCCUGGCCGUGUCCAGCGGCCUGCUGUCCGUCCUGUCGCAGCUGUGCGGCUCGGAGGCGGCGCUGGGCCGGCCGCUGCAGCUGCUGCGCUCCGGCGCCGCGCCGCUCAGCGCCGCCCUCAAGGUGGCGUCCACGCGCCUGCUGCAGAUCCUGGCCAUCAGCACCGGGACCUAUGCUGACAGGCUGAGUCCCAAGGUGGUCCAGUCCCUUCUGGACCUCCUCUGCAGUCAGUUGAAGAACCUGCUGUCCCAGGCCGGGGCCGCCCCGCUGCAUGCUGGGAAGGAAGAGGACAACAAGGAGGACGGGGAAGAGUCCGAGAGGAAGGACUUCAGAGCGCUGGUGCGGAAGCAGCACACGGCGGAGCGGCACCUGGGAGACUUCCUGGUCUUCCUGAGGCGGGUGGUGUCCUCCAGGUCCAUCCAGGCCCGCAUGGCGUCCCCCAAGUGGACCGAGGUCCUGCUCAACAUCGCGGCUCAGAAGUGCUGCUCAGGCGUCCCUCUGGUGGGGAACCUGAGGACGCGUCUCCUGGCGCUCCACGUCCUGGAGGCCGUGCUGCCGGCCGGCGAGGCCAACAUGGAGGACGAGCAGAUGACGCAGGUUGUGGAGCGUCUCUUCUCGCUGCUGUCCGACUGCAUGUGGGAGACGCCGCUCGCUCAGGACAGACACUCUGUCCACGUCCAGGACCGGGGCCAGGAGCUGCAGCUGCAGGGCGAGGCGGAGGAGGAGGACGAGAACCUGCCCGUCCAGGAGGUGUCCUUCGACCCGGAGAAGUCCCAGUGCUGCGUGGUGGACGGCGUCCAGGUCCUGACGCACGGCAGCGGGGGGAAGGGCUACGGCCUGGCGUCCGCCGGCGUGUCGUCGGGCUGCUACCAGUGGAAGUUCUACAUGGUGAAGGAGAACCGGGGGAACGAGGGGACGUGCGUGGGCGUGUCCCGCUGGCCCGUCCACGACUUCAACCACCGCACCACGGCCGACAUGUGGCUGUACCGCGCCUACAGCGGGAACCUCUACCACAACGGCGAGCAGCCGCUGGCGCUCAGCAGCUUCACCCAGGGCGACGCCGUCACCUGCGUGCUGGACAUGGAGGCCAGGACCGUGUCCUUUGGCAAGAACGGAGAGGAGCCCAAGCUGGCGUUCGAGGACGUGGACGCCACGGAGCUGUUCCCCUGCGUCAUGUUCUACAGCAGCAACCCCGGGGAGAAGGUGAAGAUCUGCGACAUGCAGAUGCGCGGCACGCCGCGGGACCUGCUGCCCGGCGACCCGGUGUGCAGCCCCACGGCCACGGUGCUGGCCGAGUCGGCCACCCAGCUGAUCCGCAUCCUGCACCGCGCCGAGCGCUGGACGCCGCGCGUCAACCGUGCCAUGAUCCAGCGGCUGCACGCCAUCAAGGCCUGCUUCUCCGCCUGCCCCGGCGGCGGCGGGCAGCGGCUGAAGAAGAGCCGCUCGGUGCAGAGCCGCGAGGAGCACGACGCCCAGCGGGGGGGGGAGGAGCCGGAGGAGCGCGGCCGCGGCGGCCCCGGCCGGGCGCCCGGAUUGGCCGAGCUGCCCGAGCCGCUGCUGCGCUCGCUGUGCGCUGACGUCUGGCCCGUGCUGGCCGUGGUGGGCGGGGCCGACGCCGGCCUGCGCGUCGGCGGCCGCUGCGUCCACAAGCAGACCGGCCGCAGCGCCACGCUGCUGGGCGUGGCCAAGGAGGGCAGCACCUCCGCCAAGGUGCAGUGGGACGAGGCGGAGAUCACCAUCAGCGACACCCCCCUCUAUAACCUGGAGCCGUGCGAGCCGCUGCCGUUCGACGUGUCUCGUUUCCGCGGCCUGACGGCGGCGCUGCUGCUGGACCUGACCUGCCUGACCAGCCUCCACGAGGAGGCGGCGGCCAAGCUGAGCGGGCGGCGCCACGACCGGCGGCACCGAGCCGCCGCCACCGCCACCGAGCAGCCCGACGACGCCGCCGCCGCCUCCGACCUGCGGGUGUCCCACAGCCUGGAUGAGGUCAAGGCGCACGCCGCGCCCAGCUCCCGGUCCGAGAGCGAGAUCUGCUCCGUGGCGGGCGGCGAGGGGCUCCCCCCGGAGGCCGGCAGGAAGAAGGGCCACGACCACGGCGCCCGCGGACACGAGGCCCCGCCCACCGCCGCCACGCAGUCGGAGAUCCACGCCGUCCAGCUGUCCUACCUCUACCUGGGAGCCAUGAAGACGCUGAGCGUCCUGCUGAGCUGCAGCAAGUACGCCGAGCUGCUGCUCAUCCCCAAGGUCUUACCGGAAGCGGCGGCCAGCGGCCACAACGCCGACCUGAACGCGGGCUGGGGGCGGGGCCGGGGGGGGGCGGCCUCCUCGCCGCCGGCGUGCCAGGAGGAGGUGGAGAUGCGGGCGGCGCUGCAGUUCCUGAUGCGCCACAUGGUGAAGCGCGCCGUCAUGCGCUCGCCCAUCAAGAGGGCGCUGGGCCUGCCGGACCUGGAGCGCGCCCAGGCCAUGAUCUACAAGCUGGUGGUGGACGGCCUGCUGGAGCAGCCCGGCGGGGGCGGGGCCAGAGCCGGCGGGCGGAGCGAGCCGGAGGGGGAGGGGGAGGGGCCGGAGGGCGAGCCCCUGGCGCAGACCCCGGUCACCACCAGCCCGUCGGCGUCCAGCACCACGUCCUUCAUGAGCUCGUCCCUGGAGGACACCACCACGGCCACCACGCCCGUCACCGACACCGAGACGGCGCCGCCGUCCGAGUCCCCGGGCGUCAUGCCGCUGAGCCUGCUGAGACAAAUGUUCUCCAGCUACCCGACCACGGCGCUGGCGCCGAGCCGCCGGGCCCAGACCCCGCCCGUCUCCUCGCUGCCCACCUCCCCGUCCGACGAGGUGGGACGGAGACAGAGCCUCACGUCCCCCGAGUCCCAGCCCAGCAGGACGCAGAACCGCACCGGGACCUCCCUGUCCGACCCCAGCAGCAGGCUGUCCACGUCCCCCCCUCCGCCCGCCAUCGCCGUGCCGCUGCUGGAGAUGGGCUUCUCUCUGCGCCAGAUCACCAAGGCUCUGGAGGCCACCGGCGCUCGCGGGGAAGCCGACGCCCAGAACAUCACUGUCCUCGCCAUGUGGAUGAUCGAACACCCGGGGACGGAAGAGGACCAGGAGGACGCGCUCCGGGGGGGCCGCGACUCGUCCCCGUCCUGCCCGGGAGCCGCAGCGUCCUCUGGGGGGAAGUCCUCCUUCCUGUCGUCCCCCGGGGACGUGGCCGGCGCCGACGCCGCGGAGCUGGAGGAGGGCUUCAGCGAGAGUCCCGAGGGUCUAGACCAGGACGCCUCGUCCUCCGGCGCUCCGCUCAGAGCUCGAGCCGCCGCUGGACGGAAACACCGCUUCGACCUGGCGGCCCGAACGCUGCUGGCCCGCGCCGCCGGCCUGUACCGCUCCGUCCAGGCGCACCACAGCCAGGCGCGGCGUGAGGCGGCGGCGCAGCAGCAGGACCCGGCGGCGCUGUACGACUUCCAGCUGGACGAGGAGCUGGAGAUGGACCUGGACGAGGACGCCAUGGACGCCAUGUUCGGACAGGACCUGGCCGCCGACGCUGACAUUCUGGGAAUGUGGAUCCCGGAGGUACUGGACUGGCCAACAUGGCACGUGUGCGAGCCGGAGGACCGGGACGAGGUGGUGGUGUGCGAGCUGUGCGAGGCCAACGUGUCCAACUUCAACCAGCACAUGAAGAAGAGCCACCCGGGCUGCGGCCGCAGCGCCAACCGGCAGGGUUACCGUAGCAACGGCUCCUACGUGGACGGCUGGUUCGGCGGCGAGUGCGGCAGCGGCAACCCCUACUACCUGCUGUGCGGCGGCUGCCGGGAGAAGUACCUGGCCGUCAAGAGCAAGGCCAAGGUCCCCGUGGUGGAGAGGUAUAAAGGCCAGGCUCCGGACCUCCUGGGGAAGCAGGACAGCGUCUACGAAGAGGACUGGGACAUGCUGGACGUGGACGAGGACGAGAAGCUGACGGGCGAGGAGGAGUUCGAGCUGCUGUCCGGCCCGCUGGGCCUGAGCGAGCGCCGCCUCGUCCCUGAGCCCGUCCAGUUCCCGGACAGCGACCCGCUGGGAGCCUCCGUCGCCAUGGUGACGGCCGCCAACAGCAUGGAGGAGACGCUGCUGCAGAUCGGCUGCCAGACCUCGGUGGACAAGUCGUCCUCGGGCCGCGUCACCCUGGGCGAACAGGCGGCGGCGCUGCAGAGCCCGCAUGACCGGGUGAUGGCUCUGAGGAGGGUGACAGCCGCCGCCCAGGUCCUGCUGGCCCGGACCAUGGUGAUGAGGGCCCUGUCCCUGCUGUCCGUCAGUGGUUCUAGCUGCAGUCUCGCCGCCGGCCUCGAGUCUCUCGGCCUCACCGACAUCCGGACCCUGGUGCGCCUCAUGUGCCUGGCGGCGGCGGGUCGGGCCGGGCUGUCUACCGGCCCCCCUGGGGCCACGGGCCACGGCGAGCGGUCCCGGGGUUCCGCCAAGGCCAGCAAGCCCAUCUCCUGCCUGGCCUACCUCAGCACGGCGGUGGGCUGCCUGGCCUCCAACAGCCCCAACGCCGCCAAGCUGCUGGUGCAGCUCUGCACGCAGAACCUGAUCUCGGCCGCCACCGGCAUGAACCUGACCACUGUGGAUGACCCGGUCCAGAGGCGCUUCCUGCCCAGCUUCCUGCGUGGCGUCGCUGAGGAGAACAAGCUCGUCACGUCGCCCAACUUCGUGGUGACGCAGGCGCUGGUGGCGCUGCUGGCCGACAAGGGCGCCCGGCUGCGGCCGCCGCACGACAAGGCCGAGCUGGAGAGGAGAGGCCCCUUGGACCUGGCCAACGCCCUAGCCGCCUGCUGCCUGUCAUCCCGCCUGUCCUCGCAGCACCGCCAGUGGGCAGCGCAGCAGCUGGUUCGCACGCUGGCCGCCCACGACCGCGACAGCGGCCACGACCGGGACGGUGGCCUCGGCCGCCCGCAGACCUUCGCCGACGCGGCGGGCGACCUGAGGAAGUGCUCCUCCGUCCGGCUGGAGGCGCACCAGAGCAGGGUCAUCACCUGCGCCUGGUGCAGUAAGAAGGGUCUGCUGGCCACCAGCGGCACCGACGGCACGGUCCGGGUGUGGAGUGUCGCCAAGAACCAGUACAGCCUGCAGCAGACCUGCAUCUUCAACCGGGACGGCGGGUCGCCGGAGGAGGCGGCGCCCGGCCUGGGCUCGCCCGGAGACCCCGGUCUGUCCCCGCUGGCCUGGAGCGUGACGGGCCGGUUCCUGGCCUGCGCCAUGGAGAAGACGGUCAACGUCUGGCAAGUCAACGGUGGCCGCGGCCUGGUGGACCUGCAGCCCCACUGGGUGUCCUGUCUGUCCUGGCCGGAGGACGAGGCUGAGUCCCUGUGGUGCGGGGAACCCCGAGACGUGCUGCUGGUGGGACGGAUGGACGGGUCGCUGGGCCUCUUGGAGGUUCUGGACUCGUCCGUCCUCCACCGCACAGAGCUGGAGCACUGCUACCGGAAAGACGUGGCAGUGACCCAGGUGUCCUGGUUCAGCGAGGACCGGCCCUUCGCCGUGGGCUACGAGGACGGCAAGCUGCUGAUCGGGUCCAAGGAGCCUCUGGAGAAGGGGGCCAUCGUGGUCAUCGACGCCCACAAGGAGUCCAUCAGCAGCAUGUGCUGGAACCCCAGCGGUCAGAUCCUGCUGACGUGUGCCAAAGAGGAGACGGUGAAGCUGUGGUCCGGUCCGGACCCAGACUGGCACUCGGGGUCCGGGUCCGGGUCUGGGUCGGGCUGGCGCUGCCUGCAGACCCUGAGGCACCCGUCCCCGGUGAACGGUGCGGCGUGGUGCGGCCUGCCGGGCCGAGGACCCCGACCCCUCGGCAUGCUGGCCAUAUGCUGCCAGAACGGCCUGGUGUCCGUCUGGACCGUCCCCCAGGAUGCCUCCGGGUUCCCCCAGUCCGGCUCCUCGCACCCGGACGGCUGGUGGGACAGCGAGGCCAGGCCCCGGCCCACGUCGUCCCGGUGGACGGAAGAGGGCGCCGUGUGCGUCUUCCAGCUGAAGGGACACGUCACCCCGGUGAGGACGCUGGCCUUCAGCCCCGACGGUCUGGCCCUGGCCUCUGGAGGGGUGGGGGGACUCCUGAACAUCUGGUCCCUAAGGGACGGCUCGGUUCUGCAGACCGUGGUGGCCGGUUCCGGAGCGAUCCAGAACAUGGCGUGGAUCCCGGAUGUGGGCGUGGCCGUCUGUUCCAACCGGUCCAAGGACGUGCUGGUGGUGAACUGCUCCAAGGAGUUCCUGUCGUCCAAUCACGUGCUGGCGACGUGCCGCACGGCGCUGAAGAAGCAGGGCGUGGUGGGACUCAACAUGGCGCCCUGCAUGAGGGCCUUCCUGGAGAGGCUGCCGGUCAUGCUGCAGGAGCAGUACGCCUACGAGAAGCCCCAUGUGGUCUGCGGGGAUCAGCUGGUCCACAGCCCCUACAUGCAGUGCCUGGCCUCGCUGGCCGUGGGCCUCAACCUGGACCAGCUCCUGUGCCGGCCCCCCGUGCCCCCCCACCUCCGGCACCUCCCGCUGGAGUCCGGCACCGCCGUGUGGAGCGCCAGCGAGUGGGCGUGGCUAGACUGCUUCUCCACCACGGUGAAGGCGGCCGAGGCGCUGGCCCGCGGAGCCCCCUUCCCCGAGUCCUUCUGCGUCCCGGACCUGGAGCCGGUUCCCAAAGAGGAGAUGGCCCUGCUGAUGGACAACAGUAAGUGGACGUCUGGAUUGGACGAGCAGAUCAUGUCCUGGGCCACCUCCAGACCAGAGGACUGGCACCUGGGGGGUAAAUGCGACGUCUUCCUCUGGGGGGCAGGAAGACACGGCCAGCUGGCCGAGGCGGGAAGAAACAUCCUGCUGCCGACCACAGCGCCAUCUUUCUCCCAGGCUCAGCAGGUGGUGUGCGGUCAGAACUGCACCUUCGUCAUCCAGCCUAACGGGACGGUGCUGGCCUGCGGGGAGGGAAGCUACGGCCGGCUGGGACAGGGCAACUCCGACGACCUGCACGUGCUGACGGUCAUCUCCGCUCUGCAAGGCUUCGUGGUGACCCAGCUGGUGACGUCGUGCGGCAGCGACGGCCACUCCAUGGCGCUGACGGAGAGCGGCGAGGUCUUCAGCUGGGGCGACGGCGACUACGGCAAGCUGGGCCACGGCAACAGCGACCGGCAGCGGCGGCCGCGGCAGAUCGAGGCGCUGCAGGGCGAGGAGGUGGUGCAGAUGUCCUGCGGGUUCAAACACUCGGCCGUGGUGACGGCCGACGGGAAGCUCUUCACCUUCGGGAACGGCGACUACGGCCGGCUGGGCCUGGGCAACACCUCCAACAAGAAGCUCCCGGAGAAGGUCACGGCCCUGGAGGGCUACCAAGUGGGCCAGGUGGCCUGCGGUCUGAACCACACCCUGGUGGUCUCCGCUGACGGGACGAUGGUCUGGGCCUUCGGGGACGGGGACUACGGCAAGCUGGGCCUGGGGAACUCCACCGCCAAGUCGUCCCCUCAGAAGGUGGACGUCCUCUGCGGGGUGGGGGUCCAGAAGGUGGCCUGCGGGACCCAGUUCUCCGUGGCCCUGACCAAAGACGGGAAGGUCUUCACCUUCGGACAAGACCGUCUGAUCGGACUCCCGGAGGGACGGGCCCGGAACCACAACCGGCCCCAGCAGGUCCCGGCGCUGGCCGGGGUCCACAUCCAGGACGUGGCCGUCGGCGCCGAGCACACCCUGGUCCUGUCCUCCACCGGGGACGUCUACACCUGGGGGAGCAACUCGGAGGGACAGCUGGGUCUGGGACACACUAACCACGUCCGGGAGCCCACCCUGGUGUCGGUGCUUCAGGGUAAAAACAUCCACCAGAUCUCGGCCGGCCGCUGCCACAGCGCCGCCUGGACGGCGCCCUGCGUGCCGCCGCGGGCGCCAGGCUCCUCGGUGCCCCUGCAGCUGGGCCUGCCCCCCGCCGUGCCCCCCCAGUACGGCGGCCUGAAGGAGCUGAGCCUGGAGGCGGUCCGGGCCAGGCUCCGCCUCCUCUACCACUUCUCUGACCUCAUGUACUCCUCCUGGAGGCUGCUCAACCUCAGCCCCAGCAACCAGAGCAGCACGUCCCGCUACAGCGCCGGGACCUGGGGCCUGGUCCAGGGCCAGCUGCGCCCCCUGCUGGCCCCCCGGGUCUACACCCUGCCCAUGGUGCGCUCCAUCGGCAAGACCAUGGUGCAGGGCAAGAACUACGGCCCCCAGAUCACCGUCAAGAGGAUCUCCACCCGCGGCAGGAAGUGCAAACCCAUCUUCGUGCAGAUCGCCCGGCAGGUGGUGAAGCUGAACGCCUCCGACCUGCGGCUGCCCUCCCGGGCCUGGAAGGUCAAGCUGGUGGGGGAGGGGGCCGACGACGCCGGCGGCGUCUUCGACGACACCAUCACCGAGAUGUGUCAGGAGCUGGAGUCCGGGGUGGUGGACCUCCUGAUCCCGUCCCCGAACGCCAGCGCCGAGGUGGGCUACAACCGAGACAGGUUCCUGCUGAACCCGUCGGCCUGCCUGGACGAGCACCUGCUGCAGUUCCGCUUCCUGGGCAUCCUGAUGGGCGUGGCCGUGCGCACCAAGAAGCCGCUGGACCUGCACCUGGCGCCGCUGGUCUGGAAGCUGCUGUGCUGCGUGCCGCUGCAGCCCGACGACCUGGAGGAGGUGGACCUGCUCUACGUGCAGACGCUGCGCAGCAUUCUUCACAUUGAAGACAGCGGCAUCACCGAGGACACCUUCCACGAGAUGAUUCCUCUGGACUCGUUUGUCGGUCAGAGCGCCGACGGGAAGAUGGUUCCCAUCAUCCCCGGCGGCGGCAGCAUCCCGCUCACCUUCUCCAACAGGAAGGAGUACGUGGAGCGAGCCAUCGAGUACCGGCUGCACGAGAUCGACCGGCAGGUGGCGGCGGUGCGCGAGGGCAUGUCGUGGAUCGUGCCGGUGCCGCUGCUGUCGCUGCUGACGGCGCGGCAGCUGGAGCAGAUGGUGUGCGGCAUGCCGGAGAUCUCGGUGGACGUGCUGAAGAAGGUGGUGCGCUACCGCGAGGUGGACGAGCAGCACGCGCUGGUGCAGUGGUUCUGGCAGACGCUGGCCGACUUCUCCAACGACGAGCGCGUCCUCUUCAUGCGCUUCGUGUCGGGGCGCUCGCGGCUGCCCGCCAACACGGCCGACAUCUCCCAGCGCUUCCAGAUCAUGAAGGUGGACCGGCCCUACGACAGCCUGCCCACCUCCCAGACCUGCUUCUUCCAGCUGCGCCUGCCGCCGUACUCCAGCCAGGCCGUCAUGGCCGAGCGGCUGCGCUACGCCAUCAACAACUGCCGCUCCAUCGACAUGGACAACUACAUGCUGUCCCGCAACGUGGACAACGCCGAGGGCUCCGACACGGACUACUGACGCGCACGCACACACACGCACACACACAGAGCCACCUCGGCCUCUUUUAAGUCCGUUUUAAGGCGGACGGCACAAACAGCUUUUUGGUUUCUGCUGGUUUUUAUUCCCACAUUUAGUGUUUUUUCUUCUUUUAGCGCCGCCUGCGGGCGCGUGCAUGAGGUGUUUGAGGACCGGACCGGACCGGGCCGGGCCGGGGUCCCCGCCGCGGGACGCGCCAAACGCCCUGGACAUUGUGUAAAAUGCUUCAUCAGCGCCACGUUUUGCAGAAUUCUCAUAUUUAUUGUUUUCAUCGCCGGUGCCGAGUUUCCCAGAGCAACAGAGGAGAAAAAGAAAAUGACAAAAAAACAAUAAAUGCUGAAUAAAU